GAGGCUCUUUCUCUCUCAAGCCUGAGCCUCUUCUCUCGUACACAAUCACCACCCAAAAGCUUUCAAACCUCCUCCCAUGGCGGCCAAGGUCUCUUCUUCUCUAUCAAAGUCCACUCCUUUCUCUCUAACCCCAUCUCAAACCCCUCUCUCUUUCUCCCCAAAACCCCUCCCAAAACCUUUCUCUUCUUCUUCUUCUUCUCCUCCCAAAACCGCCUCUCUCUCCUACACACACAAAACCCUCUUCACCGCCUCAGCCAAAACCCCUAUCUCCGACUUCUUUCCCGAAGACAAGCAAAACCCAGAUAGCACUUUCGAUGACUACUUCCAUGAUGAUGACGAAAAGCCUCGCGAGGAGUGUGGCGUGGUGGGUAUCUAUGGCGACUCAGAGGCCUCUCGCCUCUGUUACUUGGCUCUCCAUGCUCUCCAGCACCGUGGCCAAGAAGGAGCCGGAAUCGUUGCAGUGAAGAACGACGUUCUUCAAUCCGUCACCGGCGUUGGGCUCGUCUCUGAAGUCUUUAACCAUUCCAAGCUCGACCAGUUGCCUGGAGAUUUGGCUAUUGGCCAUGUACGGUACUCUACUGCUGGGUCCUCUAUGCUAAAAAAUGUUCAACCUUUUGUUGCAGGGUAUAGGUUUGGUUCCGUUGGAGUUGCCCACAAUGGCAAUUUGGUAAAUUACAGCCUUCUUAGAGCAAAACUCGAAGAUAACGGCUCUAUUUUCAAUACUAGUUCUGAUACUGAGGUUGUUCUUCAUCUUAUUGCUAUUUCAAAGCACAGACCUUUUAUUUUGAGGAUUGUUGAUGCUUGUGAGCAACUUGAAGGAGCUUAUUCCAUGGUGUUUGUAACCAAUGAUAAGCUUGUUGCUGUCAGAGACCCCCAUGGCUUUAGACCUUUGGUUAUGGGAAGGAGGAGCAAUGGUGCUGUUGUCUUUGCCUCUGAGACUUGUGCUCUUGAUUUGAUUGAAGCCACAUACGAAAGAGAGGUUUUUCCUGGUGAAGUGGUGGUUGUAGACAAAGAUGGUGUUCAAUCACUUUGCCUAAUGUCCCACCCUGAGCCAAAACAAUGCAUUUUCGAGCAUAUUUACUUUGCUCUGCCCAACUCCGUGGUGUUUGGCCGUUCGGUCUACGAAUCUCGGCGAGCCUUCGGUGAAAUCCUUGCCACUGAAGCCCCUGUGGAUUGUGAUGUUGUGAUCGCUGUGCCUGAUUCUGGUGUGGUGGCUGCUCUUGGCUAUGCUGCUAAAGCUGGUGUGGCCUUUCAACAAGGGUUGAUAAGGUCUCACUAUGUAGGGAGGACUUUCAUCGAGCCUUCUCAGAAGAUUAGGGACUUUGGUGUGAAGCUCAAGCUUUCGCCGGUCCGAGCAGUGUUGGAAGGCAAAAGGGUUGUGGUUGUUGAUGACUCAAUUGUUAGAGGAACAACUUCUUCAAAGAUAGUUAGGUUGCUUAAGGAGGCUGGAGCCAAAGAAGUUCAUAUGAGAAUAGCCAGUCCUCCAAUCAUUGGAUCAUGUUACUAUGGAGUUGACACACCAAGCUCAGAAGAGUUGAUUUCGAAUAGGAUGAGUGUUGAGGAGAUAAGGGAGUUUAUUGGGUCGGAUUCACUGGCUUUUCUACCAUUUGAUAGUUUGACCACUUUGUUGGAGAAAGAGGCUCCCAAGUUUUGCUAUGCUUGUUUCUCAGGAAAGUACCCUGUGGAGCCUAGACAGAUUAAAGUAAAAAAGGUUGGGGAUUUUGUGGAUGAUGGUUUGAAUGGAAGUUUGGAAUCCAUUGAUGGAGGUUGGGUUCAAGCUAACGUGAACCAGAAAGAUGAGGAGAUUAAAAAGGAUAGUGUUGUUAAAGUAUAGAAAUAUGCUCUUGUGGGGAAUAACUUGUUUUUUUUUCUUCAGGGAUAUCAAACUGUGUGAUGCAGUGGGGGAAUGGGGACUAAUUUCAUCAUAAGUGUUUUUUAUUUUGAAAUUUUUGAUUUGAAAUCCUGUUACACAAUCUAGUUGGUUUUUUUUGGCUAGUGAUAAUUAAUUUAUUGGUAAUCUUCAUCUUAGUAGUUUGUAGUUUAAGGGAUGCGGAGCUUAAUGGAGUUUAUUUGCUUACAUGGUUUUGUCGUAUUAAGCAUAAAUACUACUCAAGUCAAGUCCGACUCUUAUAAUUAAAUAAAUAUUUUUUUGCUACUA